AUGAGCGAUAGCGAGGAUGAUGGUGCUGGUAGUGAAGGAAGGCCCAUCGAUCAAGAAGUUGUCAAGACGGCUAACGAAUUGCUGGACUCGCUAGAACAGUCUCAUAGAUCGGAUCUUGCUCUGCAUUUAUACUCAUCUUAUCUUCUGAAAAACCUUCUUUACAGGGCGAAUGAAAGGAAGCAUGGCUUGGAAAUUGAUCGGUUUGUGAGAACGCAUAUCAGGGACAAUUGGACUCGUUGGCCUGAUCCUAGAACGGUGGUGGAUCCGCAGGUUAACAGACUAUACGAGGACGAUAACUAUGGCGAGCGGCAGGAUAGCGAGCUCGAGCCCGGUGAAAUAUCAGCCAAGGCUCUUGUUCACGCAAGCAACAUGUUACGUAUGGAAUUGGAUUCAUUCUGGCAGCAUAGCUUGGCGCAAUCGGCGGCCAAGGCAGAGGUAGCGCUGGACGUCGACAAGAUGGCUAUGCCAAAGGAGCUUUCAGACCACGUUAUGUGGAAGCUGGACCACUUUUUCAAUGGGAUUCAUAACAAGAUUGCGGCCAGAAACAAAAUUGAGAUCCAGCAAGCGCAGUCGUCGCAGCAGUUGACUGUGUCGCAGGCCAGCAAUGACAAAGUGAAAGCCAGCAACCGCACGGAACUAACGUACCAUGACAUUAUCGCAAGAGGCUGCGAAAUGGGAGAAGACAUGGAGGAAAUCUACGUGAAAUCCUUGGAGCUUUUCAAUGAUAUUCCGUCCUCGUUCGAUAAGAGCCGCUACAAGCUGCCGAAGUCGGUGAUCAGGAGCUUCAAAUCAACAGCACCCAGUAAGUCUUGUCUUAGCGCUAUGAAGGGGUCAAGGGACGAUUACGUUGCGUUGGAAAAACUGCUUAAGGACAAGAGAUUGCUAGCCAGUGAUAAGAUCCACCUUAGGAAAAUCAGCAAGAGAUCUAUCGAUCAAAAUCUGAGUAAGAAAUCCUUUUUCAGCGUACAGGCCGCCAAAUCAUACGAACAGGAAAUUCAUGCCCGCGAUGAUCCGGAUAUUGAUUCGUACACUCAGGAAGAUUGCUUAGUCAAGAUUCCGCGUCUCAACAGGUGA